CUCACUCCCUCCACUAGGGGGAUUUCCCAUAUUACACUCUUGGAGGGGGCCAAUCAAGGUUUUAAAAAUUGGCCGGAAGGUAACGUACAGGCUGUUCGUAACAGUUUUUUGAGCUUCUCGAUACGGUUACAUCUUGAUGAACUGGAGAGAUGAAACAUCUCACCGUGUCACCAAUCGGUCUGUUUUCGAUUCACAGACUGAUUCACGGCCAUUACAGCGGAUACUUGUCCGUUAUGGGGUGUUUGUUUAGUUACUUCAUCAAUUUUCAAAAAAUUCACGACUGUUACAACCGAUUCCAUUAGAUAUGUAACGAUAAUACUUCCGAUACCAUUACACAGCAAUGUUUAAUCGUUCCGUCUUCGAAAACCAUUAUUUAAAAGCUUGGGGCCAAUAACCGCCCAAAGAUUCCGAAAACCCUAUUGGUAUGUUUACUUUUAUAGGCUUCGGGGUAGUUGGGUCUCUAAAUUGAGAAGAAAUUGCCUUUUCAUAGUUGGAGAAGAAGUCGGUUGGAAGGCAUGCGAAUUGCUUCUCUUUUCUGUCUCUGAUUACGCAGAAAAGGUGUGUACUCGUCCACUCGGUGAGUCUUCCUCUGCAUUUUUAAAUGUGUUUUCUGUUGCCCACCAAGUGUUCGACCAGUAUCCUCAAACGUGUAUCUCAUGCGAUUUACUUUACAAUUUUUCUACUUCGAUAAAAUGCACGCUGUUACGCAUGCAUCGAAGUUUAAUGGUGAUUCAUUUUGAGAACUUUUAUACGGAUUAGUUCUGUGUGAUUUCUGCAAGUAUUAAAAAGAAACUUCCACUGUAUUUUGAGACUGAGAGACAUAGAAAGCUACUUAUGUUUUGUGCAUAUGUUAUGCGUAGCUUUAGGAUUUUAGCUCAGCGGUAACAAAAACGUAAAAGAUUCUUAAUUUUUUUUUUCAUACAAAGCUCUAUGAAAAAAGAAACUAGUUUAUUUUGGUUGAAAAUUUGUUUGGUUGUUGUGUUGAGCAUAUUGUCUAGCUACACACAAAUUUAAGUGAAUUUUCAGUUACUUUGACUACAUUUGAAUAAUUUAGUGCUGACUAUAUUGAAGAAAAACCAAAUUAUACGUGAAAACAUAAAAAUUUUUAGUGCAAUUUUUUAAACCAGGUCGGGAGAGUGGAGCCGCCCUGCUUAAAUUUUAGUGCAAUUUUUUUAAUCUCAGUUCCACAAAUUUUUUUGGUAAGUAAAGAAUAGGGGUAUAUGGUAAACUCCAAAAUGGUAGCGCAUUUUUUUGGUUAGUUACGUACAUCUGUUGUACUUAUUUUUGUGUGUUAGCUAUGCAUUUGUUAGGUAGUCAUCGUUUUUGUCACCAUUUUUUUUUUAAGUGCCAUAGGCCUCUCCUUUUGAGAUGUCCUGGGUAAGGGUUUGAUAAAUUUCAGUAAUGCAAACUAGAAGUUCUUGAAAGCCUCUUGCAAACAUGGAAAUCCCUUUUCGGAACUGUGGUUCCAGCUGAAAAGAAAAAACCUUUCUGCGAUCAUAUAAAUAGGAAAUCGACUUUAAUUUUAAUAGAUCUAUAUAACUGUAUAUAUAGCUGAAAAAUUUAGAAAUACUGGUUUGCUUAAUUCUUCUAUCUAGAAUACUUGUAUUAUCAUGAAAAAAGAUUUGUGCAAAUACAUUUUCUCAUCCUUUCCUCUAUUAUCACUUAAAUUCGGGGCCUUUAAUAAAAACAUUUUUUUGAUUCGCGAACUGGCUAUACCGUGAUUUGCGUUGUUUGGACGUUGGAUUACUAAUUUUCAACCAAUAAGGAGGGCUUCUUCAUCUUGGUGAGAUAUGAUGCCCAAUGCAAGUGCUGAUCCUCUCUCCAUUCGUUUAGAUGAGAAGCUUACUCGCCUAUCUGGUGCACAUUUUGAGUGGUAUAUUUACAAGAUUCAUGAUAGACUACGUAGGCAGAGUGAAAAGGCCUACGAACUAGAAAUACUGUCGAUUGGACCAUAUCACCGCAGUAAAGGCCAUCUACAGAUGAUGGAAGAACACAAAUUGCAGUAUCUUCAAUUGCUUCUUAAACGAACAGAGGAGACGAGCGUAGAUAGGUACGUCGUAGCCAUGAGGAAAUUGCGGAAAAGAGCGCAAGGAUGUUAUGCAGACUCCAUAAACCUUAGCGAAGAGGAGUUUGUGGAAAUGAUGCUUCUCGACGGCUGUUUUGUCAUUGAAUUUCUCCGCAAGUUCUCUAUGACAAUGCUAAGAGGUACAGACGACCUUCUCUUCAAAAUGGAUUGGAUCCUUCAUAGUAUAUGGCGGGAUUUGAUGCUGUUUGAGAAUCAACUUCCGUUCUUUAUUCUCGUGCAUCUGUUCAACUUGACAAAAAUUCUGGAUCCACGAGACAACAUCAUUGACUUACUGAUACGGUUCUACUACUGCGUCCGGGAACAAUAUUUUUGUAGCAUGUCUCCAGGUCCCGAAAGGUUUUUGAAAAUUUCAUAUGGGAUUUCACCCGACGGCGUGAAGCAUUUUCUCGGACUGUUUCACACUAUUACAUCAUCUUCGUUUGCCAAAUUAGUUUCUAACAGAAAUAGUUGCAAUGAGGGAAAGAGAUGGGAUUACAUAAAUUGCGCAACAGAGCUAUAUGAGGCCGGGAUCAGGUUCAAGAAGGCUAAGCAUACCCCCUUGUUCGACAUAAAGUUCGCAAACGGUACAAUUUAUAUCCCAGAAUUCGCUGUCGAAGAGAAGACCGAUACUAUUUUCAGAAACUUAAUCGCCCACGAGGAGCAUCUGCAGGACGCUGGCCCUAAGUGCAUCACGGAUUACCUAACUUUCUUGUGUUGCCUUAUCAACUCUGCGAAGGAUGUCAGUUUGCUUCGCCGUUGUGGGAUUCUCAACAACAUGCUGGGUGAUGAUGAAGCCGUCUUGGCAUUUUUUAGCAAGGCCUCCACCUGUGUCUUCGUGUCUCGCGGCAGCUUCUGUUACUACGAAGUUUUCAACGACAUAAGUGCGUAUUGUAAGCGUCGACAGAACAUAUGGAUGGCGAAACUCCGGCGGGAUUACUUCAAUGGCCCGUGGAAAAUCAUCUCGUUUCUUGGUGUUGUUUUCUUGCUUCUACUCAGUUUUGCACAGACAAUGUUAUCUGGUCUUGCUUACUUUUGUCAAAAAUGAUGAGCCAAUUUACUGUACCUGUUCGGUGAAUAAACAAAUUCUGUUCGGGCAAUUUAAGCUUUCUGCAAUAUAAAAUGUAAGCUUAGUACA